AUGUUUCGUCUAAAAUCUAUGGAGACAGUGUAUAUAUUCUCAUGCUACCAGGGGAUCACAACCAUAAUAUUACAAGUAUUAAACAGUUUAGAGGUGACCAAGUCCAAAAGCAAGCAGAAAAAUAGUUGCCAUUAUGAAGAAGACUAUUUCUGGCAGUAUUUACAGGAGUUUGAUCCUACACUGGAAAAGCCUGAUAUUUUAUACAUUUUGGACCUUUUUCCCCUAAAAAACAAGAGAUCACUUUUCACGAAUAUAUUCACAAGCCAAAAGUUGACACGGAAAACUACCUCAAACCAGUUAAAAACAAGAGAAAAUGUAGCUGAAAAUAUAACAGCUGAAAAUUCUAUGUUUAAGAUGAGUUAUUCCUGUGAAGAUAUACAAACUAGUUUGGAAACAACUUGGCUUGAAUUGGUCGGGAGCAUGAGACUAACAUCUAAAGACUCCAAAAUACACUUGUUCCAUAGAGAUGUUCCUACCUUAAAAAACAUAUAUAAAUUACUACAGCCCCUUUCACAAGGCUAUUCGGAUCUGAAAUUUAUUUCAUUUUUGGAGAGUAUAAUUUUUUCUGAAAUUCCGACACCAAUUGGAGUUUUAAAGGCCUUUCCACUUCCAUUCGCUUCAAUCACAGCCACUCUUUUGGUCCAGGUAAGGAACAUUUCCACAAAAUUAUUUCAGACGAGGGGCGAGUUGGAACUCCAAACUGUCAAAAUUCGAGGCGAUUUAAAGAACUCCAAAGAUUUGAAAAAUAUUACACACGUUUCAAUACUAAUGAUAUUUCCGCAAUUGGAAAAUAGAAAAAAAUUUGUUAAAAGUUUGAAAUUGAUAGAAAACACAGUUUCAACGACGGUGUUGAUAAGGGUCAGUCAGGAAACGUUCAUGAACGGAACACUAGUAUCAGUGCCAACGGACAAGAAAAUGAUACCAAGAGGUGUUCCAUGCCAAGUUCUAAUAAACCAAAAGAUGAUUUAA